UUCUAGUCCCUUCUCUCGGGCACAUACCCUUCUCUAGUCGCCUCUUCUCAUUUUUUUCAGUUUCCUACCAUAAGUUUCUCUGUGUCUCAAUCUGUAGAAAAAAUAAAAAUGCAGGCGACAGCAACUACUACUCCACUAACCUGCUCACUUUUUCCUCUCCAAGGUUCUCAUGGAGCUGCUGGACCAUCAAAACGUAACCAGCUACGGUGGACAAAAUUACAGCGAAAAUGUUCUCAGAAAGGAUUUCAAAUUACGGCACAAUUUGAGUUGAAGCCUCCUCCAUACCCACUGAAUGCUCUAGAGCCACAUAUGAGCAAGGAAUCACUUGAAUUUCAUUGGGGUAAACACCACAGAGCAUAUGUGGAUAACUUAAAUAAACAGAUAGUAGGAACUGAGCUAGAUGGAUUGCCACUGGAAGAUGUCGUUCGCCGCACAUACAACAAAGGGGAUCCUCUUCCAGCCUUCAACAAUGCUGCCCAGAUUUGGAAUCAUGAUUUCUUUUGGGGAUCCAUGAAACCGGAUGGAGGGGGCAAACCAUCUGGGGAACUUUUAGAAAUGAUUGAAAGAGAUUUUGGUUCUUAUGAGAAAUUCAUUACAGAUUUCAAGGCUGCUGCUGCUACACAGUUCGGUGCUGGUUGGGCUUGGCUAGCUUAUAAAGAGGAGGACAAGAAACUUGUAAUAUUGAAGAGUUCAAAUGCUGUGAACCCUCUAGUACAAGGACAAGAUUACACUCCAAUACUCACCAUUGAUGUUUGGGAGCAUUCCUACUACAUUGACUACCGGAACCGACGCCCUGAUUACAUAUCAGUCUUUGUGGAGAAACUCGUCUCCUGGGAGGCAGUCGGUUCUAGACUUGAGAAGGCAAAAGCUUGAGCAAAAGAAUCAGAAGUGGAAUAAACUCACAAUGUCUCGAGCCUCUUGCCAAUUGAAUUCUCCAGUUGUUGGUUAUUAUGCAGUCUGUAAUGCAACAUACAUUUUUGCAUAUGAAAUUCUAAAUCACCUCAUUUUUCAUUGCAACAUAAAGUCGGAUAUAUGAUGUUUAUUAUUCUGUCA